AUGAGUUUAAAACGGCCUCGGUCUUUUUUAAAUCCUGUCCCAGAGACUAGUAGUUCUCAUAAGCGUCCUUUAAUUGAGUCACGCGACAAGAGUCCUGGAAAAUCAACUGAGAGCGAUUUUGGUGAGCUUAAGAUUGAUGACAGCUCUUGAAAGUCCUGGGUGAAAGAGCUUACAAUCACUAGUUUUUUUUUAUUUAUUUAUUUAAUCGUUUCAAUCUUAUGUAUUCACCAUUAGUAAUUAUCAUUGUCUUUUACUUUUUUUGAAUCCAGAUUUUGAAAUACCCUGUGACACAAAAGCAGCCAUAUUAUUUCUGAAGUCAAUUGUACCAUUGUCGAAGUUUGAAAGGAAAAUUCCAGCCAUUAUAUUGAAGCAUCAGAUCUACUGUGUUGUCAAGGACAAGACAUUAGUGGACAGGCAGUUGGUAAGUCUGCAUACUGCAGCAGCGGACAUUCAGGACGAGCUUAAUUUUUCGUCAGGAUGAAUUUAUAGCUCAUUCACUUCUAUCGGCCAUGUUAUGGCAAAAUGAUUUGCCACAGUUGAGUUUGUUGUUGGUUCUCUCCUUUACUCUGAGAGAUUUUUCUCCGGCUACUACAGUUUUUCCCUCUUCCUCAGAAACCAUCAUUUCCAAAUUCCAAUUCGACCACCGUCCAGGUAGACGAAGAACCAACAAGUGGAUUUACUAACCCUAAAUCAUCAUGUGUAUUUUUUUUCUAUUUUUUAAUUAAAUAUUUGGCCGCUAUUCAGAUUGAAAAGGUUUGCUCCUCCAUGAGCCCAAUCAAAAUGUUUUGGCCUACUAUAUGGUAAAUGGCCACUUAUAAGCCCACCCCCAGUUACAGACCUAUCUACUUGUAAACAAAAAAUACAUCCGAUUAUACCGGUAAGUUCCCCUCUAGCUUGUACUGAAAUGAAUUUGAUUUACAUGUUUUAUGGCAUUUUAAAACGUAAUUAAAAACCAGUAAAUGCAAAUGGUAUUUUGGUCAGCACUGCCACAGCUUGCUUCAAAGCAUUUUUUCUAGACCAGUUAUAUUAAGCCCGCUGAGAUAUAAGCCCCUCUGUUUAUAAGCCCUACUAAACCCCUUAUGAAGAUGUAUAAGACCAGAGCUUAUAAGCGGCAGUUUACGUUAGUCUUGUUUUCUAACCUUUUAUCUAUCCAGAUUCUUUCUACAGUGUAUGGUAUCGAAGUUUUUUUGCUAACUUCCUUUUCAUCCGGUGUACAUCAACUUGUUUGUAUGACCUAAACGUGUUUGGAAGGCUUAUGUUUUACAAACAACAUUGUGUUUUGAGCUUCAUCAUGAAUAAGGAACUGAGUUUUUUUUGUUUUCAGAAUAAUCUCUGGGAAGAGAACGAGGUUCGUCUUUUCAAACUAACUUCAGGAUCUGACGAGUUUGGUGUUGUACUUACUGAGGACUAUGUUUCUCAUGUCAAGUCAAGAGUCAGUGAUCCAAAGGUUCUUCUUACAAUAGGUUAGCACUAGAUGAAGGAAAAUGUGGGUUAAUUUACCAUAAUAAGGCAGGAUAUUUACUCUACUUUAAAAUUAUUAUUAUUAUUAUUAUUAUUAUAUAAUAAUAAUAAUAAACAUACAAAAUGCAUGUCCUUAGAAAUUAAACAUAUGUUCAUUUCAUGUUUUCCCCUUUUCUGUUUUACCUUAUUAGUUUAGUUUAUUUAUCAAUUAUUCAUAGAGCCCGAAUGGGCUCUGAGUCAAUAGCCCAUGAGGCCUUCGGCCUCAUGGGCUAUUGACUCAGAGGCCAUGAGGGCGAGAGAAAUAAUUGUUUUAGUAAGAUCGAACUAGCUGGUCAAAAAUAUUGGAUUAAAAACAUUUUAGCUAGGUAAAGCUAGACUUUAAUCCUUUUUUGCCACCAAAAAGCCGUGCUUUUUGCUACUAGUGGAUAUAGCCUAGGAGUAGCUCAACCAAUCAGAAUGCAGUAUUGAUAAUAGACCACUAGUUGGAUUUUACUAAUUUGUCACAGUACUAUGAUUGUGUUUGAUGAUGAGUGUUAUUGAGGACAAACUAGGGGUAUACCAUGGGUAAAAUGACAUUGAGCCACAAUGUAUGGAUAAAAACUGUCUGAUACACUACAACAAAAAUUUAUUGUAGUUUUAGUGGUGAUUUUUAUUAAGUGAAUCUAGGAAUAAAUAAAUAUCUGCCUGGGUAUUGUUUUUAACAUUAAUGAUUAUGCUUUGUCCAUUUGAUUAUUUUAAAACCUUUCUGAUUUUUUCUAACAGAUAAAUUUGUCAGUAGCCUUCUCCCAAAUCAUUCAGAUGUCAGUAUAAGUAAAAAGGAUGUAUCUAACAGAUUUAGACUGUCAGAGGAGGAAAUCACGUAUGUAGUCUUGUUGAUGUACCAUAAUUAUUAUGGUGGGGGGUUGCUUGGCUGCUUCGCAACCUAAAAAGCUUGCUCUGCUCACUUAAACUCGUGAGGUUGACCUGUGGCAAGUCUAAUGUACCAUAAAGUUUCUCUGAAGGAGUAUUCCCUGUAUUUACAGCUCAUUAUCACCCUGAUUGUUUUUAUCUUCAGUCAUCUUGUAAGCACUGGUGUCCUUACCACAAGGGAUGUUGAUAGCUGGUGGCUCUCCAUUCCUGGUGCAGGUGUCUUCAUGAAAAACUUUUCAAAUGGUAAGUAUACGUCAUAGUUUCGAGUAAUUUGGCUUCUCUCCUUACCCAGGCUUAGAAUUGCUAAAUCUGUGUCAAAGUAAAUUCUCUAACAUAAAAAUUCAGUGCUUUUAAUCUGAAUUGAAAAAUGGGCUUUAGCUCUCAAAAAUGUUAUCGCAUUUACUUUAUUUACUGUGCAAUCUAAGGCUUGUGACAGCUUAAAAGUUCAAGUUUUGUAAUAAAUAUAUCCCCAUUUUGUAAUUUGUAUUGGCCGACCAUCCGAUUCUCCUCAUUUUGUUUUGUAUUUUAGGAAGAAAAGCACUUAUUCGAAUGAUCCGACAACGCAAGUACCGUGAAAUUCUUGAGAGGGUAAUAGUUUUACAUUAAUUUUUUAUUUUUUUUAAGACGCGUUGAUACAUUCGUAUUGUAUAUGUACAUAAGAUUUAAACAAGUUGCUACUUUCACAAAAACUACCCAGGCAUUUAAUAUUCAGGGCGAGUUUGAAAGUCUGAUAUAUUAUUGAGAGUUAUGUCAAUGAAACAGAACUCACAAAUAAGGUAUUGUGUGAAGGGUUUCUAAUGGAAGCAAGGACAAAUACAUGUAACCAAACACAUUCUUUAGAGAGCGUGGAUAAUGUUAGGUACAAUUGAACUCUUGUACAAAUAAUUACCCAUUUUGUUAUGGGGGUAACUUUUCUGUUAGCGACUACCUAUGACCCGCCUUUGAAUGGAGAACCUUGUUUUCAUUCAACCUGACGGACAGUUUUGAAAAUUUGGACGAGAUUAUUCUGGAUUGGGCAGGGUAAAGCAAUUGAAGCCGCAAUAUACAAAAAAAAGACAUCAAAAUCUGACAGGAACAAAAGUGUGGGUAAACUAUACUUUUUGUUCUUUUCACUUAUUGUUCUGAUAUGUAAACUGACAGAUGCAAAGCAAAUACUAAUGGUUUUAAUGUUGGACUGUUGGUGCUGAUAUAUAGGAUAAUACCUAGUCACCAAGGCCUUCUUAAAACUAAUUAAUGUCCGAGCUCUUACUCCAGGAAUAUUUGUGCCCCAUUUCCAUUUCUUGUCAAUAAUUUGUCCUCAUUCUGUAACAUGAUUGAAACCGGUCUGAGUCCCCCAACUCCGGUAAAGGUCAAGCUAGUUAAUAUAAAAGCCCUUGGAUGGACUUUGCUAAUGUCUAAAUACAUAUUACUGUCUGUUACUGUAGAUAAAUUGGUUUUGUUUUUUGUUUAACAGGAUCUGCUCUCUCGAAAAUUUGACGGCCAUUCCAAGUUAGGCAUUGCUUACCAUAUUUAUGACAUCACUGGUGCAGAAAUUGUGAAGAGGUAUGAGUUAGGUCAUUGAAAGAGCACUCCUUUGAGGCCUCUUUGGUGCCACGGUACACUUUUUAUUCUAUUUAGAGAGAAGAAAAAAGCAAGAAAGUUUUCUUACUGGUAGAAACGUUCACAAACAAGAGAGAACGAAAGAGACGAAAACUGUUCAGGGACUGGUCAUUAUUUAUCGGGACGGGGGGCUGGUGCAAAUAGGGGGUGGGCCACCCUUUUUACGCACGGCUUGAAGGGGGGUAAAUUGUAAAUUGUAAAUUGUAAAUAUCUUAUCAUCCACUCCCCACAGGGCUUUUCAGGGAUAAUUUACAACACUGGUUGGGGGACUUUGCCAGACUGCUUAAGGUGCAGUUUACAAGUACUGAAGGAAUGAGUGAUGAUGCCCCCAUCCAUGAGUGUGAAAGUGAGAUAGACCACUACAGCAGGCACUACGUGCCCUACUCUUUACGAAGAGUGUGUGGGUUCUUUAACGUCCCACAGAUUUAUUACAUGUGCAAGGGCUUGUGAGACGGGGCCUACAGUUUAUCGUCCUUAUCCGAGAAGACUAGAAAGUCUAACCAUUUGCAGAUGUUAUUACAAAGGUAGCACUUUCUCCUCAGUUAUUUAAAGACCCUGAGUGUUGGUCCGGCCGGGGUUUGAACCUACAGCCUCCCGCUCAGCAGACCGGCGCUCUCCCAACUGAACUAACCGGGCGGCGGUAGUGGGGGGGCAUUAAAAAAUAUGCUAACGUUUUGCCAGCAAACAUGUUAAAAGCUGCGCCUGGAUGCCAUCAACAAAUACAGCCUAUUAAAAUAGCUUUAUACAACACCUUUUAUUAACACUUACAAAUCAGUAUCUUACAACAUUGAUCCUAUUUCUACUGUAAACAUAACCAGCACCAUCAUCAUUGUUGUUGUUGUCCUCAGCAUUUAAUAAUCAUCAUCAUUGUCAGCAUCACCAUUACCAUUGUUGUCAUCAUCACCAUUUUCAUCAUUGUCUGCAUCAUCAUCAAUAUCAUUGUUGUCUUUAUCAUCAUCAUCAUCAUUAUUAUUAUCAUCAUCGUCAUCAUCAUUACUGUCAUCAUCAUGGGCAUUAUCUGGUUCUAGGUUAGUGUUUUCUUUUCUUGGAAAAUUGUCUACAUAUUCACUAAUCAAGGUUACAGCUUUAGUAGACAGGAGAUACAUAAGUUGUAGAUAUUUUACNACUCUUUACGAAGAGUGUGUGGGUUCUUUAACGUCCCACAGAUUUAUUACAUGUGCAAGGGCUUGUGAGACGGGGCCUACGGUUUAUCGUCCUUAUCCGAGAAGACUAGAAAGUCUAACCAUUUGCAGAUGUUAUUACAAAGGUAGCACUUUCUCCUCAGUUAUUUAAAGACCCUGAGUGUUGGUCCGGCCGGGGUUUGAACCUACGGCCUCCCGCUCAGCAGACCGGCGCUCUCCCAACUGAACUAACCGGAGGGCGGUAGUGGGGGGGCAUUAAAAAAUAUGCUAACGUUUUGCCAGCAAACAUGUUAAAAGCUGCGCCUGGAUGCCAUCAACAAAUACAGCCUAUUAAAAUAGCUUUAUACAACACCUUUUAUUAACACUUACAAAUCAGUAUCUUACAACAUUGAUCCUAUUUCUACUGUAAACAUAACCAGCACCAUCAUCAUUGUUGUUGUUGUCCUCAGCAUUUAAUAAUCAUCAUCAUUGUCAGCAUCACCAUUACCAUUGUUGUCAUCAUCACCAUUUUCAUCAUUGUCUGCAUCAUCAUCAAUAUCAUUGUUGUCUUUAUCAUCAUCAUCAUCAUUAUUAUUAUCAUCAUCGUCAUCAUCAUUACUGUCAUCAUCAUGGGCAUUAUCUGGUUCUAGGUUAGUGUUUUCUUUUCUUGGAAAAUUGUCUACAUAUUCACUAAUCAAGUUUACAGCUUUAGUAGACAGGAGAUACAUAAGUUGUAGAUAUUUUACUUGAAACAAUGAUAAUGUAGAUAGAACUUCCAAUUUUAGGUUUUGGAUUUGAAUUACUUCAGAUGUAGAAGCAUUCGAAAUAAACUCUCGCACUUUCUGUAUGUUGGCAGCUUUUCUCAAAACUUUCCUUCUUUUGGCUUUCCUUCGGUUCUCUUUCUGAGAAUGCUUUUUGGUUUUUGCAUUCACAUGGGGGGCAUAUUGGAACAUAUUUGAUGUCUUCUCUAACUUUUCCCUAAGGUUUUCUUCUAUUUCUAUCACCCUUUCUUUAACUUUUAUAAGUUUGCCGAUAAGUUUUUCAUCAAAUGUUUUUGGGUGGUUGUGCCCUGGAAGCUGUUUCCCUGCUUUGGAGAAAUGAGUACAAAGAAGCGAAAGAGGAAGAGGAGUCGACUGAAGAAGAAAAAAUGAUUGAGAGUACCGAGAACUUUAAUGUCAAUACGACAAUUGUCUACACACGGUCUGGGCGAAGAGCAACUCAAAUCCAAAUUUAAGGUAGCUUUAAAUAGAAUGUCUAUCAGUUGGACAUGGUGACUUGAUAAAUACAUACAAAAUAAUGACCAGUCCCUCAGAAAAAGUGUCCAUUUUUAUUUACCAGAAUUGCCUUUUCUAUUUUUUUGGCCGCCUGUAAUGUAAUGAGCUUAUCCCUGACUUUCUCGCGCAGCAGGUUAAUUGUAUGUAUAUGGAAAUAAACAAAGCGAAAAAUGACAAUUUCUCAUCUAGAACGUCGUCUCUUGAAUGUUCAUAAAGUUCCUCGAAGAAAACAUUCAUUCGUGAAGCCCAUCGGGCAAAAGCGCGUAAGCAUAUUUUUACGAUUCUCGAUCGCCGAGAAAAAAAUGACAUGGUUCUAGUGAAACUUUGUGAAUAUCACAAUGUUUAAACUAUUUUCUUUUCCAAUUUGAAGGAACUGUUACAAAAUACUGUCCUACGAGACCAAAAUAAUAUUUUUGAGAGAAGACGUAUGAAAGGGUUUGGUUUGUACAUUUCUCAAACAAAAUUCUCUCAUCUUUUAAAACACUGAUCUUUCCUUUUGUCCUUUUUUUUGCUUGAAGCGUGGAAACCACUUCAGGUCGGUUACUUAGACUGGAUAUUCAAUCAGAAAGCCGAGCGAGAUCCAACAGAUAG